GUCUCCUCGUUUGGGUCUCUCUGUUUCCUGAUAAUUUCUCAAUCUUUUUCCCUCCCUCUCGAGGGUUUUUUUUUUCCUUUUUUUUUUCUUUUUUCUUUUUUUUUUUUAAAUUUUAUUUUCCGUUUUUCAAUUUUCCAUUUUCUUUCUUUUUCCCUCUCUUUGAAACCCUAACCCUAGAGUUUUUUGUUUUUCAAUUCUCACUAUCACGAUCAAAACUACAACGCUUUUAGUGGAAAUUUGCAUCUCUAUUUGAUAGAUGAUGCAGCAUCAGAGGUUGAGGCAACAGGCCAUGAUGCAAUACCCCCAUCCUGCUGCUAUUCUAGCUGCUCCCCAGAUAGAGCCUAUCUUGAGUGGAAAUCUGCCUCCUGGCUUUGAUUCAAGCUCAUGCCGCAGUGUGUAUGUGGGAAACAUCCACCCUCAGGUUACGGAGCCCCUUCUUCAAGAGGUUUUCUCAAAUGCUGGAGCCCUUGAAGGAUGCAAGCUGAUUAGGAAAGAGAAGUCAUCCUAUGGUUUUGUGGAUUACUUUGAUCGCCGUUCAGCAGCUAUUGCGAUCGUGACCCUUAAUGGAAGGCAUCUGUUUGGACAGCCUAUUAAAGUCAAUUGGGCUUAUGCCAGUAGUCAAAGAGAGGAUACAUCAGGUCAUUUCAAUAUUUUUGUUGGUGAUCUUAGCCCUGAAGUUACUGAUGCUACUCUGUAUGCGUGUUUCUCUGGGUAUCCGAGUUGUUCAGAUGCAAAGGUUAUGUGGGACCAGAAGACUGGGCGCUCAAGGGGUUUUGGGUUUGUUUCUUUCAGGAGUCAACAGGAUGCCCAGAGCGCAAUAAAUGACUUAACUGGAAAGUGGCUUGGAAGCAGACAAAUUCGGUGUAACUGGGCCACGAAAGGUGCUAAUGCCAAUGAUGACAAGCAGAGUUCUGACGCCAAAAGUGUCGUAGAGCUAACAAAUGGAACAUCUGAAGACGGCCAAGAAAAGAAUGAUGAUGCGCCAGAGAAUAAUCCUCAGUAUACCACUGUUUAUGUUGGCAACCUUGCUCCCGAGGUUAGUUCUGCAGAUCUUCAUCAGCAUUUCCAUGCACUUGGUGUAGGAACUAUUGAAGAUGUGCGGGUGCAACGAGAUAAAGGUUUUGGUUUUGUGAGAUACAGUACACAUACUGAAGCAGCUCUUGCUAUUCAGAUGGGAAAUGCUCGUUUUCUACGUGGCAAACCUAUUAAGUGCUCGUGGGGAAGUAAACCCACUCCACCAGGAACAAGCUCUACCCCUCUUCCUCCCCCAGCUGCUGGACAUAUGCCUGGCCUUUCAGCUGUUGAGCUUGCAGCCUAUGAGCGGCAAAUGGCAUUGAGCAAAAUGGCUGGUGCUCAAGCCCUCAUGCUUCCACAAAGUCAGCAUGCCCUUAAGCAGGCCGUCAUGGGAAUGGGUGCUGUGGGAUCUAGUCAAGCAAUAUAUGACGCCGGAUUCCCUAAUGUUGCUACAAGCCAGCAGAUUAUGUACUAUCACUAAUAUAGUGUUAUCAGAAACCCUCAUGAACCCUGGUAGUGAGGAAUAAAAUAUUUGAAAAACUGUAGGAUGGUUAUUAUGUUACAUAUUCUGCUUUGUAUGUGUAUGCGAUAGAGUCUCGGUUGCUUUCUUGUACUAGGUUAUGAUAUGAUGAAAACAAGUAUUUGCUUUUAUAGUUUUAUUUGGGAAAGAACAUUGCCUUUUUCUCUUGCC